AUGGCGUCUUCUCUAGUGUCCAUUCGUAGAGCUCCAUUUUGCACCAUUGCCAAUUUCUCAUUCAAUAAGGUACGCCUUUUUUACCCCUUCAUUUCUAUCCUCAAAACAGUAAAACUGUAUCCCUCAUUCCGGACCCUCAGAACCCUCUCCACCUCAGCUUUCUCAGAGAGUUUUCAGAGGUCAAGCCCUCAACCCUCCGAUCCUUCAUGGAGUUUUAAUCAAAGCCCUGACAAUCAGUGGAAGAACAGUGAUUUUGGAAAUCCCAGUCCGAACAGUAAUUAUAAAGAUCAAAGUUAUGCGAAUAAUUAUAGUAUGAAUCGGGGCAAUCCGAAUCCUGGUCAGGGAUACCUGAAUCCUGGAGUUCCUAACCCGACCCCCAAUUUUUCCCAUCCUCAGAAUCAGAACAAUCGACCAGCGAGUGGUAACGUUAACCAGUGGAACGAAAACAAUCAAAAUAAGCAGUACCCACAAAACCAAAACCCUAAUUUGAGCCAAAAUUAUCCUAGACAAGGUGGAUUUCAGAAUCGGGGUUCUCCCCAAAACUUUCGUCAGUCGCAGAAUUAUCCUCAUCCUGGAGGUGGAAAUCAUAAUCAGGGGUAUUUACAAAUGCAAAACCCCACUCCACAUGAUCAGAAUGCUGCGAAUAGUCAAGUUGUUGAUUUAUUGAGUCUGUGCCGUGAGGGUAAGGUUAAAGAUGUAAUUGAACACAUGGAGAAUGCGGUGAGAGCCGAUGCUGAGUGUUUUAGCUUGUUAUUUAAUUUGUGUGGGAAUUUGAAAAAAUUAGAGGAUGCAAAAAAAGUGCACGAUUACUUCUUGCGGUCGACCUUUAGGGGCGAUCUUCUGUUGAACAAUCAGAUGAGAAAGUUGGGGUUACAGCCAAGUGGGGAAACUUUUCUUGCUGUUUUAGAGGCCUGUGCUAGUGCCGAAGCUAUUGAAGAGGGUUUCAUACAUUUUGAAUCGAUGAAGUUUGAUUAUGGAAUUUCUCCUGGGCUCGAACAUUAUCUGGGACUUCUUGGUGUCCUUGGGAAGAUCGGACAUCUUGCUGAGGCGGAAGCUUUUAUUGAAACUCUUCCGUUUGAACCCACAGCUGACAUUUGGGAAGCUUUAAUGAACUAUGCUCGUAUACACGGGGAUAUUGACCUUGAAGACCGAGCUGAAGAAUUGAUGGUCAGUCUUGAUCCUUUAAAGGCUGUUGCCAAUAAGAUCCCCACUCCUCCACCAAAGAAGCAUUCUGCAAUUAAUAUGCUAAUUGGGAGGAACAGGAUUCUGGAGUUCCGUAACCCCACACUCUACAAGGAUGAUGAGAAGUUGAGGGCCGCGAUGAAAGAGCAAGCUUAUGUGCCCGACACCAGUUGUAACAGUUCAAACUUCUGCCAGUUAGCCACUAGUUUCACCUCCCAUCAGCCUUUUUAG